AUGCGUCCACAGCAUUCCUACGCCCUUGCUAUCUUGUAUGCAUCAAUUGUUUUUGCCGCCAAUACCGACUCACCCACGGCCCCCCGACAACCAGCCCAGAGCGGGACUGUGGGCACUUUCCAAGUUGUCGGGGAUAGUAUCGUGAGUGGGCAGCAGCUCUUCCUUGGAACAGUAGAUAAAGUGUAUAUAGUUGACAAAACAGAGAACAAUCCUUCAACUAUCAAGGGACAUCCGGCGUGGGCGGCAGAAUACUCAUUGGGUUCGAAUGCCGGCCGACCAAUGGACAUCGUUACGAACUCGUUUUGUGCAGUGACCAACGGUACAUGGGUCAAUGUUGGAGGGAAUCAGGCCAUCACGACCGGUGGUGCGGCUGCUCCCGAUCAAGUCGGUGCCAGUGGCCCUUAUCACGAUCCAGACGCUCUUCCUCCCUCAAGAAUUCUCACUCCAUGUGACGAUGGGAAUUGUGAUUGGACGCUCGUCGCUGACAUGUCAACGCGGCGUUGGUAUCCUUCCCUUGAAACGCUUGAUGAUGGCAGCAUCCUCAUCAUUGGCGGCUGUCAAUGGGGCGGCUUUGUCAACAACGCAGGACAGACCAACCCAACGUAUGAAUUCUACCCCCCACGUGGAGAUGGCAAACCCAUCGUAUCAACUAUCCUUCAAAAUACGCUCCCAGCAAAUCUAUACCCUCUGACAUUUCUGCUUCCGUCUCGAAAGCUUCUUGUGCAGUCGAAUUGGCAAACAACUAUACUGGAUCUCGACCAAGGUAAUGAGCGCCGCAUUGAUGACGUUCCUGAUGCGGUCAGGACAUAUCCUGCCAGCGGAGGCACUGUCAUGCUGCCCCUUACACCGCAGAAUAAUUGGACCGCGACAGUGAUGUUCUGUGGGGGAUCGAACAUCAAAGAUAAUCAGUGGCAGACAAAUUGGGAUAUUGCACAGUACCCUGCGUCUUCAUCUUGCGUGCAAAUCUCGCCAGAUAUCUCCAACUCAUACAAGUCGGUCGAUCCGCUACCCGAAGCCCGCACAAUGGGAAACCUCGUUCUUUUACCUACUGGCCAAGUCCUUUGCCUCAACGGUGCAGCUACAGGUGUUGCUGGGUACGGCACAGAUUCCUGGGCGAUUGGCAUGUCUUACGCAGAUCAACCGAUUUUUGAGCCUGUUAUGUAUAAUCCGGGCGCCCCCUCUGGUUCGCAAUGGUCAAGGGAUGGGCUCUCUCCCAGUUCAAUCCCCCGGAUGUACCAUUCGACUGCAACGAUACUACCCGACGGCUCGGUCUUUGUGACUGGAUCAAACCCAAACGCAGACUUCAAUAAAAGUGUCAAGUAUCCGACUGAGUACCGUGUGGAGAAGUUCUACCCAUCAUACUUCAACGAGCGUCGCCCAGAGCCCCGGGGGCUACCGUCGCAGCUCUCCUAUGGCGGCGAAUAUUUCAACGUGUCGAUACAGAAGGAUGACAUGUUCGGUGAUACGGACUACCUACAGGACGCCAAGGUUGUGCUGCUGAGACCUGGUUUCUCAACACAUACCAUGAAUAUGGGGCAGCGGUUGGUGGAGCUUCAGGUAACAUACACCUCAGACAGAGACGGGUCAGCUGUGCUUCAUUGUAGUCAGCUUCCUCCAAACCCUGCGAUCAUGCCGCCUGGUCCUGCAUUGCUCUUUGUAGUGAUCAAUGGCGUCCCAUCCGUCGGCGUCCAGGUUAUGGUGGGCUCUGGUGAAAUUGGUAAGCAACCUGUACAGCAGGUUGUGCCACUGCCUCCGAGCGUGGCGCAGCCAGGUGCCCUCCAGGCUGGUCCGACCGGAGAUGGAGGUAGCGGGACGAAAGGGGGCAACCAGACUAGUGGGGCCUUGCAUAGGAGUAGACCGACGUGGGGAAAUUGGUUGGGCGGGCUGAUACUCCUGUUGGGUGCGUUAUUUUAG